GGCUCCAGGAAUCACCCCAGACAAGCUAAAUGCAACUAACAAAAAAUGCCAGAGUGGGUACAACAAAUACAUUUUUAAUUGAUUUUCAUGCAGACCAGUGAAACCAAGGGUCUUCCUUCUCCAAUGGUGGGUGGUCAAUUCAGUUUGAAUGAUAGCCUGGAUGGUAGUGAGGUGGAUACGUCAUUGACUGACUUGGAUCAAUCAUGGCUGUCUGGAUUGUCAAUAGACUCAACCAGUACAAAUGCCACUUUUGAAAAAUACAGUAUAACAGCAACACAACUGGCGAAUGAAUUCAAUGAGAAGAAAGAAAGGGCUCUGAAACAGAUCGAUGAAUUAGCAGCACUGGACAGAAGUGUAGAAGUUAAAGACAAACAGGAGGUUCUAAGGGAGCAGUUAACCCAAGAGCUGGAUACAUUUGCUGAGAGAGUGUCAACUCUCUGUGCAAAAAAGAGAGCUGCAGAGAAGAGGACCAUGAAACUUUUAGCUACUGUGAAAAAGCUUAAAGAAGAGAACAAGCAGUUUUUUGAGGAGAGAAGUAAAGCUUAUCAAAAGUUAGGAACAAUGUCUCUUUGUAAUGACGAAAUGAGUACAAGAAUGUUGGAGCUUGAGGGGAAACAUGAACAAGACAUGAAAACUGUCACACAGCAGAGUGAAAAAUUGGGAUUUCUUGAACAGCAGCUAUCAGCAGUCACUUCGGAUUUGUUUAAAACUAGGGACGAGAAAGAAAGUCUCACAAGAUCUCUGGAAAAUGAGAAACUUUUAAGUUCAACACUGGAAGAUGAACUUGUGAAACUUAGAAAAAGCCAAGAUGAGUUGGAAAGUCAGCAGACAAUUUUGUUAGUGAGAAUAAAAGAACUGGAAAGUGAAUUGGUAAAAACGACGUCGCAGCUUAAUAUGGAAAAGAGAAGAACUUCGACAUUAGAGGAGUCUAUUCAGCUGUCAGUUUCAAGGCACUCAGAUGAGCUGAAGGAAAUAUUUGAGGCAAUACCUAACAACGAUACAGAGGUUCUCAACAGAAGUAGAGAGUCACCCCGUUGUUCGUCACCUUGUAUCACUGGUCACAUGGUGAGGACAAAGUUGUAUGAUUAUGUUUCACAGUCUGAUACAAGCAGAAGGAUGCAGGGCGUCGGAAGAGACUCUCCAGAUGGAAAGCCUGUGAAUGAAUUUGAAGAGAAAAUUUACCCUACCUAUCAAGAGGUUACUAUGGUCCAUCAGAAAGAACAAGCCACUGAAAGUUGGCUGAGCAAUGACUUGUAUAAGCGGCGAUAUUCUUCUCUCUCCAGUGACUCUUUAAGUUCAAAAAGUGGUAGACAUGAAGUAGAUGGUACUUCUGAAUCACCUAGUGGUAAAUUUUUGCAGCUUGUUGAAAAUACUGGUCGAGAAUUGACAACGUCGAGUAGUCAAACAGAUUUAAAGGAUUUCGUAACGACAGGCUCACAAACGGACCUUCUAAGGGAAAUCGAGUUGAUCGAGAGACAGAUUAGUGUUGCCGAUAAAGCGACGAUUACUGACGAAGAUACUCAAACUGACGGGAAAAACCGACGACGAAAAUCAGGCGUAACGGAGUCUCAAGUUCCAGAAAUCAGGACAAUAGAAAAGGAAAAUAAGACUGAUAAACCUUCAUCAGAGGAUUCAGGCUCUGGUAAGACGAGUCUAGCUGUCGACAAAGAGAGGUCUGCCACAAAGUUAUGGAGAAAGAAGCUCUCUGUGGCAUUUAAGAUACCGGAAGAGUUUGAUUCUUACGCGAGUGAAACAAGCAUGGCGUUAGAAAGUUCAGUUGGAAGCAAGAAUUUUGUGGAUGGAGUGUCAUUACGUGUCAGGCCAGCUCCAAAUGAAAAAGAAAUCGAGAAACAGUUCAAGACUCUGGUGUUAGCUUUCCAAACAGAUCAAGAUACACUCAACCGACGACUGGAAAUUCAGGAGUUUGAACAAAUGUGUUUUACUAAGGAUAUGCAGGAUAUGUUGUCGGUAUUGAAGUCUCAAGUAGAAGUAAUAAAGAAGUCUUCACAACGGGUGUCAACUCAAACAGAACAACAUGGUUGUGUUCAACAGGAAGCUCGCAUGUCAUCCGGAGUGGAGGUCAUGAUAAGCCACGCCGAGAACUUGACGCGACAUUUGGAGCGUGUACGAGAAGACCUAAAUGAAUUGCGUCUGAAGGAAAGAUUAGUUGCUGAUGAACCCGUGACAGCUGGAACAUUAGCUAAUGGACCUACCAGACUUGAUUCUCAGAGGGUUGACGGUCCUUCAUCUUCCCAUACUCGUCAACCUGAAGCAGGAGGCGAUGGUACAAAACAAAAUAGCCUUCUUAACUUCGUAAUGGCCUUUCACACUACCUCAAUGCGUGCCAAGGAAGCUCUCCGAAGCUUUAGGCGUCGUACAGAAGCUAGCAGACAAGAAAGAGAGGCUUCAGGAGUUACGCCGCCCCGGGCUGUAGAGCCAUCUACAGUGAAAACUGAUUCUUUGACUGAGAGCACCUCAGAAGACAAGACAAACGAUGUUCCAGAAGUAGUUGUCAGUGGUUCCGAGGGAGAAAAAGACACGAAAAAUACACAGGAGGAAACAGACGAGGGAGAAGCGGAACAGGAAGAGCAGGUCGCUCCUGAAGAUAAUCCAUCAGCAUCUCCAGAUUCGGAUGAAAUCAAGGAAUCCAGUGAGCAUGAAAGUGAAGGCGGAGAAUUCGAGUCAGAAGAAGAUUCAGUGCAGCCAACAGCCAAGAGACCAGGUGUGUGCUGGAGAUGUUUAUCAGCUGCAUUCAGGUUUACGGUUUCUGUCAUCAUCUUGUUGGUGGUUUUGGUGAUUGGAAUAACCAUCGUGAACAGGCACAGCAGCGUCGUGAUAGACAGAUACUCUAUUUUAGCAAGAAUACGUAAACUGUUGGAGCCCGUUGGACAAGUUAUUUAUUAUCUUAAACCACCUAAUCCUGAAGCAGGAGGCGAUGGUACAAAACAAAAUAGCCUUCUUAACUUCGUAAUGGCCUUUCACACUACCUCAAUGCGUGCCAAGGAAGCUCUCCGAAGCUUUAGGCGUCGUACAGAAGCUAGCAGACAAGAAAGAGAGGUUUCAGGAGUUACGCCGCCCCGGGCUGUAGAGCCAUCUACAGUGAAAACUGAUUCUUUGACUGAGAGCACCUCAGAAGACAAGACAAACGAUGUUCCAGAAGUAGUUGUCAGUGGUUCCGAGGGAGAAAAAGACACGAAAAAUACACAGGAGGAAACAGACGAGGGAGAAGCGGAACAGGAAGAGCAGGUCGCUCCUGAAGAUAAUCCAUCAGCAUCUCCAGAUUCGGAUGAAAUCAAGGAAUCCAGUGAGCAUGAAAGUGAAGGCGGAGAAUUCGAGUCAGAAGAAGAUUCAGUGCAGCCAACAGCCAAGAGACCAGGUGUGUGCUGGAGAUGUUUAUCAGCUGCAUUCAGGUUUACGGUUUCUGUCAUCAUCUUGUUGGUGGUUUUGGUGAUUGGAAUAACCAUCGUGAACAGGCACAGCAGCGUCGUGAUAGACAGAUACUCUAUUUUAGCAAGAAUACGUAAACUGUUGGAGCCCGUUGGACAAGUUAUUUAUUAUCUUAAACCACCUAAUUAAAGAGUUAAGGUUAACUUUGAGGUCAGUCACAGAAUACAUUAUAAAUGUAAGAAAUUAUUUAUAUUUUCCUUAGCUGUUAGUAAUGUUUGAUAAUAAUAUAUACAAGGAAAUCUAAAGUAUGUGGUUGUCUAAAAAAUCAGAAUAAGAGAGAGAGAGUAAAUAGUAUAUCAGCAAAGCUGGAAAGUUGUAAAAUUACUGACGUGAUGAGAUGUGUUAUAUAUAGUGCAGAAGGUUUUUAUGACAGUUACAACAAUCACAUUCCUCCAUCGUUUUUACACGCAAUUUUGUCCCUCAGUUUUCACAACUUCAUCGCUAUACUAGACCUCAGGAUAAUGCUCGCGCACGAUACCAUGUACCGCAAUGAUUUAUUAAGAAGAGGUUAAAUAUAUUUAUAUAUCGCAUGUAAUUGCAGAUUUUAUACAACUAUGAAUUUUGCUAGUUGAGCAAUUAAGUUAGACAUUAUAGAUAAUUGUGCUAUCGUUGUUUUAUAAAACGCUUAAAUCUCCCGUUGUUUCAUGCAGUUUGUAACGAGCUAGCUUUUGCCUGUGGUUCUACAGGUGAAAAGAGACUAAUGUAAACUACGAUCCAGUGGGUCGCAAAAUCACUCUGCUAGGCCAUUUCAGUCAGUGUUUGAAUGUUUCAUGAAAAUGUGAAAUGGCAAGUGUUUCCUGUGGUUCAGCCAUCUUGCUGACACGCUAAGCCGUUUUAAAUGUCAGCUUCACGACCUUCACGAUGUUCGUUUUGUAACAGUGCUCCUGGAAGAGCCUGUAGGUUAUUCGCAUAGACCAUUCUCAUUGACCACUUACAAACCACAUGUAGGCCAUUUUAUUCGUAGGAACAUCUCACUCUAAACACCGCAGGUCUCUACUUCCUACCAAGAGAUGUAACUCUCUGUGUUGCGCUGUUCUGGGAGCAGGUGUAGUUUUAACUUGCCUCAGCAUAUUAGCACGUAGCAGUCUUCUGUUAGUGAAAAUUUACAAUGUUUUCUUUAUUAUAGAGAAACUCACGGUCACAUACAUGACGACUUUGAUUUCACAUUUAUAGUUCAGUGAUUGUGUUCAGUACGCAUUUAGCACCCCGAGACUUGUUCCAAACUCAGUUAACUAUUUUAAAAAUCAGAGCUACUAUUAGAUACCGAUUCACUAAUAUUAGUUCGUGGCAUUAAUUUAUUAAAUAAACAGUUGUGCGUUUUCAGGA